CCGCCCUAGCCCCUCUUCUUUUUCCUCUCCAUCUUCUCACUCCAUACUCUCUCCUCUUCCGGCGGACCAUCCCCGCCGGAGUCUGGUAAAACCCGACCCGACCCGACCCGGACAUAUUUAUCUUUUUCCGAGUAUACCGUCGGAGAUGGAGGAUUACUUGAAGCUGUUCGUGGAGGAGACAUCGUUUUACAACCGUAUGGUUUUGGGUACAUUCUUGCCGGAAUCAUGGUGGGGACCACUUCCUCAUAUGCUUCAAGGAUGGCUCCGUAACUACAUUGGCGGUGUUUUACUUUACUUCAUCUCCGGUUUCCUCUGGUGCUUCUACAUUUAUCACUUGAAACGCAAUGUCUAUAUUCCCAAAGAUGCCAUACCAUCAAAGGAAGCAAUGCUCUUGCAAAUAUCAGUUGCUAUGAAAGCUAUGCCGUGGUACUGUGCCCUUCCAUCACUUUCUGAAUACAUGAUUGAAAACGGAUGGACCAAAUGUUUUGCGAGAAUAAGUGAUGUUGGAUGGCCUACCUACAUCAUCAAUGCGGCUAUUUAUCUUGUAAUAGUGGAGUUUGGAAUCUACUGGAUGCACAAGUUGUUGCAUGACAUAAAACCUCUGUACAAAUAUCUGCAUGCUACACAUCAUAUUUACAACAAGCAAAAUACACUUUCCCCGUUUGCUGGGUUGGCAUUCCACCCAUUGGAUGGAAUACUGCAGGCAGUGCCACACGUUGUAGCUCUAUUCUUGGUGCCAAUGCAUUUCACUACACACAUAGCGCUCAUAUUCGUGGAAGCGUUAUGGACGGCUAAUAUUCAUGACUGCAUACAUGGUAAGGUGUGGCCUGUAAUGGGUGCCGGCUAUCAUACCAUUCACCAUACAACAUACCGCCAUAAUUAUGGUCAUUACACAAUAUGGAUGGACUGGAUGUUUGGAACUCUUCGUGAUCCCGUUGAAGAGGAUGCCAAGAAAAUGUAAUGUGCAUGAUUUGCACUCAAGGAUGUUCCUUGUUGUUCAUUGUCCUAGUAAUUUGUCUCGUGUUUCCAUCGUUGGUGGAUGUAAAUUUUGAUGUAGUAGACUGAAAACAAUUUGGUU